AUGCCGGAGAGUGAAGUAACAGAUCAAAAACAAGCUAGGCUAAAUACGUCUGGGCCAAAACGUUAUUUUCAGUCACCUCUAUCUGAAGAUGAAGUGAAACCAAUUAAGUUAAAAAACCGUAGCCAGCAAAACUUCUCAGGCGAAGUCAUAAAAGUGGAGUUGAAUAAGCAGCUCCCAUUUAAGAAAUCCCAUCGCAAGCUAGUAGACAAAAAAACAAUAAAAAAGGAAAUUCCAGAGCCAAAAAUUCCUAAAGGACUCCUUCAAAAAUACUCCAAGGGGGAAAAGGUAAAAUCUAAAGGCGUAAAGACUAAGUUUUUCAAGGAAAAACUACAGCGAAAAGAAAUUUACUUGGAAUAUGCAACAGAGCAAGCAGCGCGAACUGAACUUUUACUCACGGAGCAACAAGGUUUUAUUGAACCAGACGAAGAGGAGCUGACUGCGCAGUACAGGCAGGAGGAAAUUUCCCAAAAUGUCGAUAUUCUCGCUGCAUCCAAACAUUUUAAGUUAAACCUUGAUUUCGGACCUUACUCCAUGCGUUAUACUAAAAAUGGACGUCACCUGCUUCUUGGGGGACGACGUGGACAUGUUGCUGCUUUUGACUGGGUAACAAAAAAACUACUUUGUGAAAUAAAUGUAAUGGAAGAAGUAGUGGACGUCUCUUGGCUGCAUGUUCAUACCAUGUUUGCAUGUGCCCAAAAAGAUUGGGUGUAUUUUUAUGACAACCAAGGCACAGAAUUACAUUGCGUAAAACGUCUAUACCGCGUUAACUGCAUGGAAUUCUUACCUUACCACUUUCUACUCGCAACUGGUAAUAAAGAUGGCUAUGCAUCUUGGCUGGAUGUAUCUAUUGGCGAACUGGUAAGUAAUUUCAACACAAAGCUUGGAGAUAUACGAAUAAUGCGACAUAAUCCUGGAAAUGGGGUGAUGUGCAUUGGAGGAGGAAAAGGUGUUGUGUCCAUGUGGUCCCCUAAGGUUCGCGAACCACUUUCCAAAUUGUUAUGUCACUCCACUCCGAUGAGUGCAUUGUGUGUUGACCCAAAAGGACAGUAUAUGGUCACAGCAGGGCAGGAUCGAAAAGUUAAAGUUUGGGAUAUCCGUGCAUUGAAAGGUCCCAUUGUUAGAUAUCAAUUAAGAUACCCAGCUAAUCAGAUAGAAGUGUCCCAACGUGGAGCUUUGGCUUAUUCACAGGGUACGUACUGUGAAAUUCAAUCGAACUUAUUACUGGGAAAUAAAGCGAAAACUCCUUACCUGCGUCAGACAUGUGAUUCAUUUGUGCAUUGUAUGCGUUUCUGUCCAUAUGAAGAUGUCCUUGGUGUAGCUACUGCGAAAGGGUUUCAAUCACUGCUCGUACCCGGCUCUGGGGAACCCAAUUAUGAUGCAUUGGAAGACAAUCCUUAUCAGACAAAGUCACAACGCCGUGAACAUGAAGUUCAUGCGCUUCUGGAAAAAAUCCCGCCAGAGUUAAUUACAUUAAAUCCAAAUGAAAUUUCGAAUGUAGAUGUGCCUACAUUGCAAGAGAAAGUUGAUGCCAAGCGAGCACUAUUCCAUGUGAAACCACCUAAAAUUGACUUCAAAGCAAGGCACAAAAUGAAGGGUCGUGGAGGAAGUGCGAAAGCUUCCCGCAAUAAGCAAAUUGUUAAAGAUAUCAAAAGAAAAGAGUUUAUUGAAGGCGUUAAAAAAUCGAAGCAGGCCAUUGUCAAGCAACAUACGAAGAAUGCUACAGAUUUUAUACCAUUGGAAACGAGUGAACCAUCCGUACUUGAUCGGUUUAAGCCUAAAGACGAUAGGAAGUAGUGUUUGGAAAUAGUUGUUUGUUUAAAUCUGGAUACUUAUAAGAUUAAAAACUUAAGAAAAAUA